CACGCUGUAUUUCUGGGCUACUUUUACCGGAAAGCGAGUGAGCACUUGCCCCGGCGCUUUACUAUGUAGGUGGGGCGAAGGAGGCCAGUACUGCACUGUCAAGAAGUUUUUCGACUUCACAUUGUCGUUGUUGCAUCGUCUUUUUUUGCUAAGAAAUACAACAUAAACGACAGAGGACAGGUGGUGUGAGCAAAAGCGGUGUGAUAAGAGGAGUGUGAGGCGGAAACGGACACAGCCAUGGACGGUGUGUACGGAUGGGGCAUGACCUCUAUUAACCCAGUCCAACCAGCGAACCCUUACAUAGAGAUUAUCGAGCAGCCGAAGCAGAGGGGGAUGAGGUUCCGUUAUAAAUGUGAGGGUCGCUCUGCCGGCAGUAUUCCUGGAGAGAAAAGCAACGACACCACUAAGACCUACCCGGCCAUCAAGAUUCACAACUACAGCGGCCCGCUCCGGGUCCGCAUCUCUCUGGUGACAAAGAACCCCCCGCACAAGCCCCACCCCCACGAACUGGUUGGGAAAGACUGCAAACAUGGCUACUAUGAGGCCGAUCUGCAGGAGAGACGAAUCCACAGUUUUCAGAACCUGGGCAUUCAGUGUGUGAAGAAGAAGGAUGUCAACGAGGCCAUCACUUGCAGACUGCAGACCAGCAACAACCCCUUCAGCAUUCCUGAGCCCAAGGUGUGGGAGGAAGAGUUUGACCUGAAUUCUGUGCGACUUUGCUUCCAGGCCUCCAUCACCCUUCCCACGGGGGACAUGUUUCCUCUGCCGCCUGUCGUCUCACAGCCUAUCUUUGACAACAGAGCCCCAAACACAGCCGAGUUGAAAAUCUGCAGAGUGAACCGUAACUCCGGCAGCUGCAGAGGAGGGGAUGAAAUCUUCCUCCUCUGCGAUAAAGUGCAAAAAGAAGACAUCGAGGUGCGGUUCUUCCAGGACUCCUGGGAGGGGAAGGGCACGUUCUCUCAGGCUGACGUCCACCGGCAGGUGGCCAUUGUCUUCCGGACACCUCCCUAUCGCGACACUAACCUCAGCGAGCCCAUUAAGGUGAAGAUGCAGCUCAGACGGCCCUCUGACCGUGAAGUCAGUGAGCCGAUGGACUUUCAGUUCCUACCUGCUGACCCAGAUGAAUACAGGCUGACUGAGAAGAGAAAGCGUACAGGAGACAUGUUCCAGAGCUUGAAACUGGGAUCCAUGUUAUCAACUGUGUCCGUUCCACAAGACAGACAGCGCAUAAACCUCACACGGAGACCAGUUGCAGCUAAACUGUCUUCAAUGAGCCAAGCAGCAGCAGAGGCUGCCCCUUCUGCCAGUGGGUUGAAACCCUUCUCAUACAAUCAACCAGGACAGCUGUUCUCAGUCCAGCCUAAGGUUGAGGCAUCUUCGUCCAUCUCUACGGCGACUACCAACCAAACCUGGAAGAUCAUGGAGAGCUUGAAGCUGGGCCCCACCAACCCGGUGCAGACCUUCACGAUGAGCUCUGUGUCGGCCCCUUCCUCCUCCACCACCUCCACCGCUGUCAACAACGAGUACUCCACUAUCAACCUGCCGGACCUUCACGAGUUCUUCCCCAACAUUUCCUCCCCCAUGGCCGAGGAGUCUGCGGCUCCUCAGGGAAGCGCUGCCGCCCCACAGACUGGCAGCACCUUCCCUCUGCAGGACUCCCAGUUCCGGGUAGACCCCCCGCUAGUGGACGACGAGAUCCCGGACUUCUCCAACUUCACCGACCAUCCGGUGCCAGGCACCCUGGACAGCCUCAACAUGGAUGAAUUCGAGGACCUUCUGAACCCGCGCCUAAUGAGCGAGGGAGGAUCUGCUGCAUCCAUGCUGACAUCUUCCCAACAGGGAGUCCUCUCCAGCUCGGCUGCUGCUUCCCAGAACGGCGCCGCAUCCCAGAACCUCUCAGAUCACAUCAACAACCCAGGAAGCACCUACAUGAAUUACCCCAACAGCAUCGCCAACCUGCUCCGGAACGAGGACAUGAUUGUCCUGGCGUCCAGCAACAACAACAACCAGCAGCCCGCCGUGCUGGAUGACUUCGACGUGCUGAUGUCUGCCGAUGAAGACCGCCUCAUCUCCAUUUUUAACAGCGGGAGCCAAGCUGGCUUUGUGUCAGGUCACCCAACUUAAUUGUUUUUCCAACACAGACGAUUUGUAAAUCCCUUCCCUAAAGACUCGCUUAUUAAUGCAGACACAAUAAAGGAUCCUGGACUGAAAACGGGUCGAAGAGGCUUAAGGUAGCAAAAGUUCUCUCUGUGGACAAACUUAUAGAAAUACUAUUACCAACUGAGAAACCACAGGACUGAACGCAUCUUGAUUUCAUUCAGCUCGUUGAAAACAACCAUGGAUAAUGAUUUACCACUAGCAAAGACUGGGCGUGGGUCAACAAAGGUCAUCACAGUGGUUUAAAUUUGAAUUGAAAAUACCAUGAUACUGUGGUAUUAACUCAAUUGUUUAUGUUUAAAAUUGUCACCAAUCUCCUUACUUUGCAACAUUUCUUCUUGACCAGAAGUGUGCAGCAACAGGUGGGGACAGCACCUAUUGGAACUUCGGUUUGUUGGAAACAUUUUUACAGUAAAAAAAGCCCAAACAUUUUAAGUGUUUAAGGUUACCACUGUAGCUGGCCCAUGCCUGGUAAAGACGUUUUGACGAAUACGUCAGUAAGGUUGUUCUGAAUAGAACAUGUGUAGCUUGUUUGUUUGUUUGUUUUUGGGGUUUUUUGUACUGUCAAUGGAAUAAUUUUUGGUAGCAAAAAUAAUUUUCUUCACAGUAGGGCUGGGCGAUAUGGCUUAAAAUUUAAUUUGCAAUUAAAUUUCUUGUUUAAUUACAAGAAAAUAGACCAAGUAUUAGCAGAAUAAUGACAUAAUUAAACCAGAACCAAAAUUACAAAAAAAGUAUUUUUGAUGAUUGGAAAAAAGGGUUAGAGAGAAAAAAAGAGUUAGAGAUGUAACGUGAGCCUUUCAGUGUGUGCAGUUUUCUUCAAAGUGAACAAUUUCAAAGUCCUGCUGCUGCUGAUAAUUUAAAGCCAACGGAUUAAAAAAAACAGCAAUGCCAAAGUAUAACUUUAAAAGAUGCUCAAUAUUCUUCAUUGAAUGUUUUUAUUUUUAAUGGCGGAGUUCUCAUAAAAUGAUUACUGCAUUCUUUUUAUAUUACAACUGUACUCUGGUGAUACAUUAUUUUGACUUUAUUCUCACAUUGAUACGACUGUAUUCUUGUAAUACUUUUUUAUCUUAUUUUCGGAAUUGAAACAUUUUUUAAAAAUUCUGGCCUAAUAUUCUAACUUGAAAAAAACGUCAUCCCCUUCUCCUACGCUUUACUUUGUGCAUAAGUACCAGACCCUCAGCUAUCGAGAAACAAUUGCUUCCUUGAGGGAUGAACUCUGUUUGCCACUCCUUUGCCACUGCUAAAACUACAGGCAAACUAUUUGUAAUUCUAAAAUGGCUCAGAAAAACAACACCGUCAUCCACAACUUCUCCUGUUUGCCGAUUGGCCCAGUCGAAAUUCUUCUGGUGGAAUCCAAGUGAAUGGAAGGGGGACAAUGGAGCGGAAAUGCUUAGUAAGACAGUGGCCAGGUUUCUAAUAUUCCCAUCAGAGUUGACCGGAAUUCAAAGUCCAAAUAAAUACAAGCUGUAAAAAAUGCUUGUUGAGCAAGAUGAGCUGUGGGCAUGCUGUCAUCAUUAUGAACUAUAGAAAAGGAAUGCAUUGGUGGGGGAAAAAAAUAAGAUUUUCUAAAAAUUAAAUCUUCAAAACCAAAAAUGUUAUUGAUAAAAUUUGAUUUUAUCGCCCAGUCCUACUUCACAGAAGUGUUUGAUCUUGCUUUUUGUGCUAUAAAAUAAACAGGCUGGUACUUCUUAGAAUGUAAUCUAAUCUAGAGGGAAGCCUAUGCAAAUCCAUUGUUGCUUUUAUCCAAUACCACUUUCAGUUAACUUCAAUUUUUAAUUAGGGAUGCACCGAUAUGAAAAUGCGGUCGAUGCCGAUAUUUAUAUCACUGCUAUAGCUGGUAAUUGAUACUAUAUAUACGUUUCCCUACCCUUUCAACAACCACACUGCUGACAUCAUAAAUAGCUGUGUUUCCAUUGACCGUAUUAAUUGCACAAAUUGGAAUUACGAAAUAAAA